AGUUGACGUUUCUGUUUGUAAGCAACAGCUGAUAAACAGCUGAUCCUAAAUAAUUUAAUAGGCUUGAGCGUUAGCGUUGUUAAACAACUAAACAAUGGCAUCCACUGAUCCUGCACAACGAAACCAGGUGACCUUGCUUCAGGUCGGCUAUUCUCGCCAAGAAGACGGAGACGAGUUCGCCAUGCGGGCUAACUGCACCUGCACACUGGUCCGCUGCCGGGAUGGCACCAACAUAAUCGUGGAUACUAUGACGGCCUGGGAUGGAGAGCACUUGCGUUCGUUGCUGGGCCAGCAGGGACUAGGCGUCGAUGACAUUCACGUGGUGGUGUGCACUCACGGACACUCUGACCACAUCGGUUGCAACUAUCUGUUUCUGAAGGCACGGAUGCAUUUGGUCGGCGCAUGUGCCUCACAUCAAGACCUCUACAUGGACCACCUUGGUAGUGGUAAUCCAGACGACCAACUGGCCCUGGACUCGAAUGCCGAGGUGGUAGUGAAGCGGUCGCCAGGACACACCCUCAGCUGCGUUUCCGUAAUUGUGGACAACUCCCAGCUGGGUGGACGGGUCGGUAUCACCGGAGAUCUCUUCGAGAGACGCGAGGACAUCGACGACGAAAACAUUUGGAUGGACGCUGGAAGCGAAAACGAGAAGGUGCAGCGCGAGGAGCGCAGUAAAAUGGCACAACUGUGCGAGUUUAUAAUCCCAGGACAUGGUCCGAUGUUUCCUGUCACAGCAUCAGUGCGCUGUAAACUAAAAGAAGACGCCACUUCUAUCACAUAAUUUAAUAGGCAUUAAAUACAUAUGCUAAAGAUUUUAUAAGAAA